AUUUCUUUGAAACCUUCAGCACUCAAGAUCCAGCCAUCUCAAGGUCCCAACAUCAUGACCUCAGUUCCAGCACAAUUGUUCCUAGUCCUCUUUUCACUGCUUUUGGGGCUGCCUGCUGUUGAAGCAGUAGAAGCUGGAGAUGCAAUCGUUCUUUUCUUAGGUGUGGUUCUCUGCAUUACAGGCAUUUGUGCUUGUUUGGGGGUAUAUGCAUGAAAGAGAAAUGGAGAGGUGUGACUUCGAAGGGCCUCCAGAAUCAAGUCUUGCCCUGAAAACAUUUGAGCUCUUCAGGUUAAAAACUGAGCUUUGGUGUCUGAAAGUUCCCAAGAAACAGUACACAGGGUAAUUUUAAAUUCUUAAGUUUCCCUAUA